AUGAGCCAUGUGGAGACACCCGCGAGUCUACCUAUCGCCAUUCGCAUAUCAGUAAGUGGCUCUCCGUCAAACGAACGUCAAGUUAACAGCAGAAACAAAGAAAAAAGUAAUGAAGGCGGUGCAUUCACAAUACCUGAUUGCUCUGAUAGGUAUGAAACCUUUCCAGCGAGCUCAGUGAUGAUUCCAUAUGGUCAGUCAGAUGCUUGGCUGAUGGUGGCCAUCCCCGCGCUGCAGAACAAGCAGAAUCACCUGAAUUUGACUUCUGACCAAGUGGGAUGGAUAGCCAGUACGACGUCAAUCUUCAUCAUAGCAGGCUCCAUCGUAUCGAAAUACUUGAUGGACAUCAUUGGCCGGCGAAACAGCCUCAUCCUAGCGAUGUUCCCAAUCACCUGCGCUUAUAUAGUGAUGGGCUUCAACACAUUCGAAGCCUUCGUCAUAGGAAGAGCCCUCGUAGGGUUAUCACUUGGGUUUUCACCGAUUCUAUCACUCUAUUUCGGGGAAAUUGCGAGUGAUGAAGUUCGCGGGAGGGUAAAUUUUGUAGCGAUCAUCGUGGAAAGUGUCAGUACCCUGCCGGUCCUGCUAGCCAGUCCGUUCUGGAACCUUCAUACGUUGAACUUCUAUCUUCUUAUUCCGUCGAUGAUCGUCGCAUUCCUUCUGUGGAUGAUACCCGAGAGUCCCUACUUCUACCUGAUGAAAGGAGACGCCGUGAGAGCAGAGAGAGCUCUUGAGUGCAUUCGCGAAGCGAGAGAGGUUCCCAAGGAUCUAGUGUCUAUCCAAAAUUACGUGAACGCGAAGAUGGAGAGUGAAAGUAGCUUUGCACUUCUGUGGAAGAAUCGCAGGAGCAGCCGAGCCUUCGCCAUCCACCUUUGGCUCUUGAUGUACCUCCACCUGAGCGGAACGUCAGUCAUCAAAAACUAUGCUGGUGUUCUCUUUGAGAAAGCUGACCUGCCCUUGGAUGCAAACGUUGAAAUAGCCAUCACAAUGGUCAUUACGAUCAUUGUAUGCUGCGUGGCAGCACUGUUUGUAGACAAUUUGGGGAGAAGAUCACUGCUGUUUUUGGCAAGUAUUCCCAUGAUCAUUGGCAUGUUGAUAGCGACUGUAUUCUACGUCUUCAAGGAGACGAAUCGUGAUGUCUCUCACUUUUCGUGGAUCCCAUGGACAGCUGUACUCUUGAUCAAUGUGUCGAAGUCAGCGGGUCUGCAACCGCUGAAACAUAUUCUGAUGUCUGAGUACUAUCCUUUGAAUACUAAAGCAACAGCGGUGUCUCUGAUUCACAUGGCCGAAGCUCUAGUGGAGGCGAUUGUUGUGAAACUUUUUCAGGAAUCUACAGACCUCAUGGGCUUUGGCUCUGUAUUUUUUAUCUGUCUGUUAAUUUACGUAAUUGGUACAACCGUCAUGUACUUCAUCAUGCCAGAGACUAAGAAUUUAUGUUUCGCGGAGAUUGAAAGGGUCUUCGAGCGGCAAUCCAAAUAA